UGUCAGAGUUUCUUCGUGUUGGAUGAGUCAUGUGAUCGUUCUUCAGGUGGCUUCUCUGAGUUCUCUCAUCUGUUCCCUGGUCUGUGUGAGGGGAAGUCGUCUCUGGUUCCCUCCUGCAUCUCGCAGCCUUGUCUCCCAGUCACCAACAUCGGUCCCACCCGCAUCCUGCCGCACCUGUACCUGGGCUGCCAGAGAGACGUCCUCAACAAGGAUCUGAUGCAGCAGAACGACAUCGUCUACGUCCUGAACGCCAGUAACACUUGCCCCAAACCAGACUUCGUCCCUGACUCUCACUUCCUGCGAGUUCCUGUGAACGACUCGUUCUGUGAGAAGAUCCUGCCGUGGUUGGACAGAUCGGUGGAGUUCAUAGAAAAGGCGAAAGCAUCAAACGCUCGUGUCCUGGUUCACUGUCUGGCUGGAAUCUCUCGUUCGGCCACCAUCGCCAUUGCCUACAUCAUGAAGAGGAUGGACAUGUCGCUGGACGAGGCGUACAGGUUUGUGAAGGAGAAACGUCCGACCAUCUCGCCCAACUUCAACUUCCUGGGUCAGCUGCUCGACUUUGAGAAGAAGAUAAAGAGUCCUCACGGUGUGGAGACCAGACUAAAGUCUCUCCACCAUCAGGAGCCCAGCACCGAGGCCCCCACUCUGCCUGACGACCUGGAGUUCGCCGCCAGUCCUGAGGCCCCUGUGGUUCCCGGCCUGGCUCUGCUGGAGCCCUUCACCCUGCCCUGUGUUUUAGACGACGCCCCCGACAAGCGUCCGCUGGCUCAGGCUCUGAGUGGCCUGCAGCUCACCGACGGACCCGAGGACAACGCUCGACUGAAACGCUCCUUCUCUCUGGACAUAAAGUCGAUUGGCGAGCCGGGCGGGGCCGCCACUCACAGAGUGUUCGUUCCUCAUGGCACGUCAGGAGACGCCACUGACUUCUACAAACCGUCGUCCUUCAAAGAGACGACCAGUAAACCGUGUCAGUUCUCACCGGUGGAGGAGGUGUCAGAGCAGUCCACGCCCGAGCAGAGCCCCGACAAGGAGGAGGCAGAAGGACCAGAGCGAAUGGGGCCUCCGGCCUCCAGCACCUUAACUGCUCCUGCUGCUCCAAACUGUUCCCAGCAGCUGCACCGGAGCGGCAGCACGGAAAAUGCCACCAGCUUCCUGUUCGGCCUGUCCCGCAGCCAGCAGCACCUGGCCAAACCGGGGUCUGGCGGUGCCCUGAAAGGCUGGCACUCCGACAUCUUGCUAGGCCCUGUCACAGUCUCCACCUCCUCCCUGACUGGCGGCUGGUACCUCUCCUCUGACUCCACUCGUUUCUACUCCACUUCCAUCCUGAGUGGCGGAGGAGGCUUUGCGGCGUACAGCUGCAGUCAAGGCCUGGAGGCGGUGCGGCGCCGUAGUCGGCAGAGGAUGGGCGACCGCUGCGACUCAAGGCGGAGCUGGCACGAAGAGAGCAGCUUCGAAAAGCAGCUGAAACGACGGAGCUGUCAGAUGGAGUUCGGAGACGGGAUGACGGACAGCCGGUCACGGGAGGAGAUGGUGAAGGUCGGGAGUCAGUCGAGUUUCUCAGGCAGCAUGGAGGUCAUUGAGGUCUCCUGAGGCUGAUCCCGAGUCACACGGACGCAGCAGCAGCAUGCCACCACACCGGCAGCAUCACGAGAAUCAUAACACGAGUCGCACGGACGCCGUGUCGACGUGAGCUCGUCAGAUCCACCUGAACAUGAGAGCAGGUCGUCUGACGGACAGCGGCGUGGACAGAUAUCUAACGUUCAGCUCGUCUGUUUAUUCGACCGCGUGUCAGAGUGGAAGAGGAAGAUGAAGAGCAACUUGUGAACUGGACUCAGUCGUCACUCAAUGUCACUUUCUGUCAAACUGAAUUCACUCAGGUCUUCAGUGUCAGAAGAAGUUGGAUCAUGUGACAAACGGCGGCGUGUUGAAGCGAUCAUGUCGUUUGUCAAUGGGCCUCGAGAUGCUGCCGGUGUGUGUUGCUGUGACGACGAUGGACUCGAAGCCUUCGAGCAUCGUCUGGUCUCAUGGAUUCAAACCUGAAACUUGAACUGGUGCCAAAACCCUGACUGUGAUUUUCAGAUUUGAGGAGCCGCUGAGUGACGGCGUCUCAGACGUGUCAGCUGACGACAGGUUGUUGAUGAGUGAAGAGGCUGGAACUCAAACAGACGCAGGAGAGAAAAGACUCGUUCACAUAAAUCUGUGUUUUUAAAUCUUGUAUAAAACAGUAAAAGAGUUUUUG